AUGUCAUUUACCAACAUUUGCUUUAAAUGUAAGGAUCCUGAAAAUCCUUGCAUUUCGUUCUGCGAUAUUGGGAAUUUUACCUGUUCAUGUGGUCAUCGUCAACAUUUUCAUCAACAAGGUCCAAAUAUUAAUGAUCAAUUACUAAAACUAGUUACAGAUCCAUGGUCAGAUUUAUCCUGUAAUUCAUCUACAGAAAUUACAAAACAAAAAUUAAGAAUGAAAGUAAUGGCCUAUUACAACUUAAAACGAGACCAGUGCAUGGUUCUUAAUUAUAUAAAAGCUAAAUCUCGACAAGUAGUAACAGCACAUAUAUAUCCAAAAUCAAAAUCAAAUCAUAUGAAAUUCUUUGGUUUAAAUUUAUCCGAUACAAAUCAUCCCAGAAAUUGUUUACGAUUAGCAACUGAAAUCGAACAUGCAUUUGAUAAAAAAUAUUUAACAAUAAUUGAAGAAAAUGGUCAAUUAAAAAUAUUCUUAUUAAAUAAAACAAUAUCAUCACAACGAAUUACAACAGUGUCGUCACAUACAUUUGGAGAUAUUCAUCAAGCACCUUUACUUUUCAAAAAUCAUAAUCGACCAUAUCAUAGAAUGUUAGCAUUACAUUGUUAUAGUGCUUUUGAAGAGGCCAAGAAAAAACAAAAGGAGUUUUUAUUAACUGAUGCAGAUUUUCAUUAUUCAACAAAUUAUAUACAAGAUUUGUUAAACAAAAGUUUAGAUAAGGAUAAACAUUCACAUGUUUACCAGUGGCUCAUGAACAAUCCUGUUGGAGAAGAAAUCCAAUUAGAAACAUCAAGAACAACAUCAUCAGCAUUUAUCACUAUUGAUUCGUUAUUAAAUCCUGCUGCAACGGAAGAUAAUGAAAUAAAACGAUUAGUUACACAAUCACCAUCAUCUACUGCUGAACAAGAUGUUGCUGUAUUACAUUCAGCAUCAUCAUCUUCAACAUAUUUGGCUUCUUUAGAUAUGAACUUGAUUGAAUUAUUCCGUAUGAUCAAUAAACAACAAACAGAUUCGAAUACACAAGAAGAAAAAAUUUUUCAAUAUAUUCGAGAAGUAAGUGCAUUACGUUCUAAUUUCAAUUCAGCACUGAAAUUAAUUCGAUAA